CCGUCCAUCUCGUCGGCCAGCAGCGCUUUCCCUUCCCCUCACCUCCCAUACUCUAUGACUGGCCCAGCUUCCGAUGUUCCGGCUCUAAUCCCUUCCGCUCUUGGAAGAGCGCUCGCGUCCCGGGGAGCAGGGAACCGGACGUCUUUCACUUCUGUCUCGUCGAACUGGUCAUCUUCGGCCUUCACCGAGGACGACGACGAUGAUUUCGGAUCCAGCGCAGUGUACGGCGUGGACGAGGAGUACGGGUAUCUCGCCGACGUCCCUUUGGACCCGAUGGACGGCACCACUACCAAGUCAUCGACUGCGUCACCGCUGCCUUUAGCGGGGCUCACGAAGUCCAUGCCGUCUUCAGCCCUUGCCUAUGCUCGUCGGCCGUCCACCACGAACAAUAGGUCGACCAUUCCCCACCUUCACCGGCGAAUCUCCUCGUCCAGUUCGUCAUCCUUUUCACAGUCCUCCCUGAUCGCCAAAAGCGCUCCCUCUUCUGCACCUUACCCUUCGGACGAUGACCUCUCCUUCUCCGACUCACCUGCCGAACGUCAGCCCACGAUUCGGCGCUCGCAAAAGCCAAAGCAGAGGGAGGACCCAGAUGAAGGGACUGCGAAGCCCAAGUCGAAGCGUAAUCGUGCGAGUCUCCCAUCCUACUUUGCCUUACUGCAGACUGGGUCAUCGCCCGCGGCCAGAAUCUCGGACGAGUCCUCAAAGUAUUCCUGCUCUUCUAUUCACACCCUCACCGGCAUGCGAACGACACCUCCCACCCCUACGUCUCGUCGCCUGCCUAACUCCGCCGAAUUCGACGAUGCGGCAAAUUUUCGGGGCAGGUCAGCGGUUGAGGCUACCCCUCGUCGUGGGCGGCCAAAGGAACGGUUCAGCGACGACGACGACAGCAGCGUUAGCCGACGUGCCACGCUGUCUCGCUCGCCGUCUCGUGCCUCCCGAUCUCGCUCUUCCAGACAACACACUAUUCUUGCGCUAGACCAGCACGAGGCGGAAAAGGAGGGUCGGGGGAGAGUCUCCACCAAGCGUGAGUUCGGUCUCAUUACCGACGAGAUGGCCAAGUUGGCCGUGGGGUUUGGCAGGGGCACCGAGAGGUCGGAGUCCGAAGGUCGUCGAGGACGGCUGCGCCCUGAGGAGUUGGACGAUGGAGGAAUGCGGAUGAAGAGGGCUCCUGGACUGGGAAGCGGGAGGAGCGGCCUGAGGGAUCGAGAGAGAUGGGCGAUGCGGGGACUGGCAGCAGUUCCUUGAGCGCCGCUGCCGCAAAAGCUGUCACGACGACCAAAAUCACGAACAUAUACGACAUCUAUUCCUAGACCGGCCUGCAUCGGAUUCACUCAGUCUCAUCCAGCAUUACCAUCGCACUCAUAUUUAAUCAUCGCAUCCCUGUUCCUUCAGCAUAUCAUCAACUCAGCAUAACCCCUUCCAUGGCCUUCCCAGCAUUGUGUUUUUGCGUCGACGUUGGCCCCAUUACCUCACACAAGCCUGCUCAGUUCUCACCACCACUCUCAAAAUUGUCCCGUCAAGAUCCGGGACGCCCCACAGAACACGUCGGAAUUCAUUCAGGUCGUAUUCUCACUCCAUUCGUCAUCUGUAGCAUGAUUUUGUGUUCGUCGCGCACGUCGUCGUAUAUUUUAUUUCCUUCGUUCCUGGUGUGCAUCCAUUCUCAGUCAUACAACACCUGUUGCCCUUGAUCAACCAUUGCUCAAUAUAUUCUGCCAACGUUCUGGACUAUGCAUAUUUCUCAUUAUUCGUCAUCUUACACUAGCGAUAGCGUACAUCGUCGCAUAUAUCCCCACAUUGACACGCCAUGCAUUGCAGUAUUGUAUGCCUAUGAAUUGACUCCGAACACACAUGUAUCACGACCUAUAAUCGCC